CAAACACCUCAAAGUUACAUGGAAUUGCAUGGAGAUUUAGGCUUAGAUAGUCGAAGUUCAUCUGAAGUAACAGUGAUUAAUGAGAUUGGCUCCUUGAUCAAGUAACAAUUUUCUUUUUUUUUUUUUUGCAGGCUCUUUGAGAUGGGGUUUGCUCAGCAACUUCAUGAAAUUAUCAAUCGUCUUCCAGAUUCCAGACAAACCCUUCUGUUUUCUGCAACUCUUCCAAAAUUAUUAGUGGAUUUCACGAAAGCAGGUUUAACUGACCCUGUCCUUAUAAGGCUGGAUGUUGACUCCAAACUAAGUGAGCAGUUAAGGCUUGCUUUCUUUUCACUGAGAUCAGAUGACAAACCAGCUGUGUUGUUGCACAUUCUUCAAAACUUGGUCAAACCAUCUGAACAGACCCUUGUCUUUACGGCUACAAAGCACCAUGUGGAAUACUUAAAAGAGCUGCUAGAAGUCGCUGGAAUAGAAAGUUCCUUUGUUUACAGCACCCUGGAUCAAGCAGCAAGAAAGAUCAACAUUGGCAAGUUUCAACACAAGAAAACGAACGUUAUGGUCGUCACUGACGUGGCUGCUCGUGGAAUUGACAUCCCGAUGCUGGAUAACGUGAUCAAUUACAACUUUCCAGCCAAACCAAAGCUUUUUAUUCAUCGAGUAGGUGAGUCACUCAAGACUGAUUUGUAUUCCAUGGCAUUUAGUAAACACCUGUGUGGUAAUGAUGCGAUUCAGGGAACUCUAUCCAGCUAAUUUUCCACCCCUCUCAAACAAAAUAGACGCGCCAGUGGAAUCAACGAGCUGUUUGUAACAGAGUUCCUACAUUCCAAUAGACACUAUAUGCAUAGCUUACUUAAUUUCAAACGAAGUGAUAGCAUAGCGCCCAACUAGCCUCUCGUCAGCGCCUAUGGAGUUAUU